UCCAAACCAGUGAACCCCGGGCUCACAACGUGGAAGGGGUGUACUUAACCACUGCACCACCAGGCCGGCCCCCAUCUUAACCAUCUUUAAGCGGACACUUCAGUGGCAUUAAGCACAUUCACAUUGUUGUGCAGCCCUCACCACCAUCCGCCUCCAGAACUCUUUUCAUCUUGCAAAACUGAAACUCUGUCCCCAUAAGAUUUUAUUUUAACUCUUGAAAAUUGUCCCGUGGAGAGACAGCAUGGAUCCUGGAGUCAGAUGGCUCUGUUCCAAUUCCCGCUCCCACCCCCACUUCCUAGCUGCCCUUGGGCACCUUACAUCACUGCUCUGUGCCUCAGUUUCCUCAUCUGUGACAGAGGGAUCUCUUAGUCCUCAUCUCACAGCCCAGUGGCCCUCAAAAGUGUGAUUUCUGGACCCACAGCAUCGUCAUGGCCUGGAAAUCUGAUGUAAAUACAGGUUCUCGGACACUCUGCAGGGGGCGCUCUGAACCCUAACGAGCCCCCCCGCAGACUCUGAGUCUGGCUCAAAAUUGAGAGCUGCUCUCAGGGGCCGCUGGGAAGAUUGAACAGACCACACGGUUACAGGACGCUGAGAGCAGCGUCUGGCCUCACAGGCCAUCCUGUGUGAGGCUUGCCACUGUUGUUGUUGUCACAGAGGAGGCCUGGGGCCAGCCCUCUGGGGGCCUGGCGCGCCCUCUCUCCGGGGCUGGUGGGGGUCUGUGUUCGCGGGCUGUGCGGAAUGGACACCUGCCCCCUCUGUCUCUUGAAGAUGACAGGGAGCUGGACCAUGUCACUGCAUCCUCGGCAAAAGGCGUCCCUGUGCGGCAUGGCCAAGCGCCCGCUGCUGCUGCUGCUGGCCUUGUGGGUGCUGGCUGGGGAGCUGUGGCUGAGCGCCGAAGCCCGGGCAGCACCCUACGGCGUGAAGCUUUGCGGCCGGGAGUUCAUCCGAGCUGUCAUCUUCACCUGUGGGGGCUCCCGGUGGAGACGGUCAGACAUCCUGGCCCGCGAAGCUAUGGGCGAUGCCUUCCCAGACGCCGACUCUGACGCAGACAGCGAGCUGGAGGAGGCAGUGGCCUCCAGCCAGUGGCUGGCCCCAGCCAAGUCCCCUCAGGCUUUCUCCGGGGGCCGGCCCAGCUGGCAGGGAGUGCUGGGGGCUCUUCGGGGCGGCCGUGAUGUCCUGGCCGGCCUCUCCAGUACCUGCUGCCAGCGGGGAUGCAGCAAGAGUGAAAUCAGCAGCCUCUGCUAGCCCAGGCGCCGGCCAGGCCCCUGCCUCCGACUCUUCACGCAUUCAUUCAUCAGCAAGUCACGGAGGCCAGCCUGUGGGCUCGAACACAGUCGCCCCCCAAACAAGCCUGACCUUGGACCAGCCUGUCCUGACCCUGAGCAAGCUGCACUCCUACUGGGCCGAACAGGGACCCUUGAUCCUGACCCCUGACUUUUCGCGGGCCCAUAUCCUGCCUUUGCUUGGCCUGCACUGUCCCCCUCUGCAAGGGUGUCCCUACUUCACCUGAGCUGGCCGCCCUGAGCCCCGUGCCUGAACUGUGACUGUCUCCUGCCCCACCUGUGGCCGCUGUCCCCUGGCAGGCCCAAAUGACGCCCUGCCCCUCUCCAGCCUUUGCCCACUCCCUUGCCCCUGCCUUCCAGCCCCUCUCCCUCCAGCCCUGCCUGCUGGGGGGUGCACUGCCCUGGCCCCCCCGGGGCUGGUGGCGGGACCACUGGGUCCCCUUCACAUCCUGGGCGGGGCGGCUCGGUGGGAGGUCGGAUCAGAACCUUCUCCAACCGCAGUAAUAAAAGUGCCGAAGGA